AUGAUCACUGUUGUUAUCUUGCUACUAUUCCUCCCUCCUUCAAUCCUCCUCCUCCUCCAAACAAGAAAAGCUCUACGAGAUUCCCGAUCGCCGCCCGGCCCCCUCGGCCUCCCGUUCAUCGGCAACCUCCUCUCCCUCGACACCUCCAAGCCCCACAUCUCUCUAUGGCGACUCUCCCGCUCCCACAGCCCCCUCAUGUCCCUCAAGCUCGGCAGCGUGCACGUGGUCGUCGUUUCGUCCCCUCGGGCCGCAGAGCAAGUCAUGAAAACCCACGACCUCGUCUUCUGCAGCCGCCCGAAGCUCCUUGGCCAGCACAAGCUGUCCUACAACCGCUCCGACAUCUCCUUCGCCCCCUACGGCCACUCGUGGCGGGAGAUGAGGAAGAUCUGCGUCGUCCAUCUCCUCAGCAACAAGCAGGUCCAGUCAUUCAGGCCGGUGCGCGAGGAGGAGGUUCUUCGGAUGACCCAAAGCCUUGGCUGCGGUCGGGUUGUCGAUCUAAGCGCGGUGGUGUUGGGUCUGACGAACGCGUUGAUAUGUAGGGUCGCGUUUGGGAAGGAGGAACCGAGGACGAUAAGGUUUGAUAAGCUUUUGAUUGAAUCCGAGGCUAUGAUGGGUGAAUUUUUUAUUUCGGAUUAUUUGCCUUGGUUUGGUUGGGUGGAUAGAGUGUCCGGGUUGAUUGGGAGACUUGAUCGGAUUUUUAAAGACAUGGAUGGAUUUUUUGAGGAACUGAUUCAAGAGCGUGUGAAUCAGAGUAGGUCUAAGUCGAUAAACUCGAAUAUUCUUGAUAUUUUGAUCCAGAUGAAAGAGGAAAAUUCUAGCUCGGUGGCUCUGACAUGGGAUAAUAUCAAGGCAAUACUCAUGGAUAUAUUUGUGGCUGGAACAGACACAAGUGCAGCAACAAUAAUAUGGGCCAUGACAGCCUUGAUCAAGAACACAUCAACAAUGAACAAACUACAAAAAGAAAUUAGAGAUUUAGUCAGCAACAGAAGACAAGUAAACGAGGAAGAUCUCCCAAAACUACCUUAUCUCAAGGCAGUAAUAAAGGAGACAUUGAGAUUGUUCCCACCAGCACCACUCCUACUCCCUAGACAAUCCAUGUCUGAUUGCAACAUAAACGGGUAUACCAUCCCGGCCAAGACACUGGUCAUCGUAAACGCAUGGGCGAUCGCAAGAGAUCCCGACACGUGGGAGAAUCCCGAUGAGUUUGUGCCCGAGAGGUUCUUGGAUUCUCCAAUUGACAUCAUUGGAACAGAUUUUGAGGCGAUCCCCUUCGGCUCGGGCAGGAGGGGGUGCCCCGGGAUAGCGAUGGGGCUUGUAACGGUGGAGCUCGCGCUUGCGAACCUUGUUCACUCGUUCGACUGGGAACUGCCGGCCGGAAUGACAAAAGAGGAUAUUGAUACGGAGGUUUUGCCUGGUAUUACUAUGCAUAAGAAACAUCCACUUUGCUUGGUGCCUAUGCAUAGAUACAUACAUCAAUCAUAA